CUGUUGCUGCAUAGAAGCCGGUAACAAUUUCAGUUGUGGACAGCGCGUUAUAGCAUUGUCGACGUCAAAUUUCAUUCGGGUCCGCAACAAGUGAAGACGUCGACGUCUCGUUAAAAAACUUUUUUUUCCUACCUAAGGAUGUAUACAAAGUUAACCGAACCAAUCAAGAAAAUUGACGUAGUUCCGAGAGUUUUUAUAGUGCUUACAUCUGACAUUUCGUUCGUGCUUCAUAUUCCGUGCGUGAGAAAAAAACUGUUUAAUUGAAUAGUUGGAUGAGCUGGGUUCUGUAUACGUCCAGCUGCCCACUAACAUUCAGCUGGAACCUCCUCCGUCUUACCAACAAGAACUAAUAUGGAAGCUAACAUUGACAACCAGCCGAGAACUACCAAUGGCAAGCGACCAAGUUCAUACAGAAAAAAAAUCGUAACAUUGGUAAAAUGUCACACAAUGAGGUUUUUGUUUGAGGUCUUCUGCCCGGACUCAUCUAAGGCGGUGUGCUUUUCUUCUCACAACCGUUUAGUGACCAACAAAUUUAAUGAGCAGCUGCUUGAUCGUUAAUCGACCCGCUAUCCAGGGCUAUUGUGAUGUUAGAGUAAGUGUACUCAUCGACACGAAAUUAUGAGCAUAUCAGUGACAAACGGGCGUCUCUACCAUGAAAAUAUCAGUGAUUUCCCUUGCAACGAUUUCGAGGGAUGCGAUUUGGGAUUCUGCAAAGUCGGCAGGCUCCUUUCUCACUAUCGAGCUGAGAUAGGAGCUGUCAAGAACGGUCUCCCUACUAAGAAUGCCAUUUUGGGCUGUCCAAGUCCUGAUCUAUUAUUGCCCGCAUUGGAUGAAACCGAUUUUCCAACUAGUAACUUGUCUCUUGAUGAAGCGGAGAAAUUAAUAGAAUGCGUCUAUUGUUCAUUCGGAUUUUUCAGCCUAUUGGGAAAGAUGUGGAAGUUCGAACCCAGUUUUUUUGAUAUCGAUCCGUCACAUUUAUUUGCAUAUUUAACCAACGUUUGUAAUGAAUUCGGAAUCGACACGAUGUUUGUGGACUGUUCUACGCUGGAAAAAUGUAUUGAAAACUCGUCUCAGAAAAUUUGUAAAAAGCGGGACAUCCUUCUCAAUAACGAGCCAUCACCCAACAUCUGCAUGUGGUCUAGCCCAAUUGUUCCACGGGCUGAAGAACUAUGGGAGUCACUUUUGAGUCUGCCAUGGAAAAUGCCGAAUUCGGAGAGCCUGAUAAAAAAUGUUGAUUCGUUUCUUUCAGAAAUGAAAAAUGAAAUUGAGAAAAAAAAAUCAGUUGAGAUCGACGACGUUUUCGCACGAAUAAUAGCCAAUCAUGCGCCGCGAAGUGCCGCAGAGGAAGACGCGGAUGUGCAAUGGGAGCUGUUACAAUACGAAUACGCGUACGCAGCAGCGGGGUUACCUUUGCUUAAGACGGAUGAUGAGGAUGAAGAACCACCGGUGAAAAUUAGAAAACCGAAAAAUAAAAGGAGAAGAAGAAGAAAUGCAAAUAAUAAAAGGAGAAAGGUGGAAGUGCCUAUCAAAGUUCCAAUCGUAGAGCCAGAAAAAGAUUUACCGUUGGAUAAACCACGCACAGAGUCAGCAAUCGGUUUAAGCUGGGAGGAUUUCGAAAUCGGAAUGUCGCAAUUACCACCAUGCGAUUUGAUAAACUUGGAUAUGUUUUCCCCAGAGUCGCAAGAUGAGAUAGAAGUUGGAGACUUGUUAGGUGAAGAUGAGACAAAGGUUAGAGACGUGUCAGGUGAAGAUGAGACAAAGGUUAGAGACGUGUCAGGUGAAGAUGAGACAAAGGGUAGAGACGCCUCAGGUGAAGAUGAGGCAAGGAUUAGAAACGUCUUAGGUUUAGAUGUGACAAAGGUUAGAGACGACUCAGGUCAAGUUCUUACAAAGGAAGGAAAGAAAAAAUUCAUGGAAAAGGUCUGGAUCAAUUACGCAACUGCCAACGAUCACAGCUACGUUAAGGCCAUCGAGCUGCCAACAUAUAAUAUGGCGAGCUACGGAGUCGAUACACCAUCGGACUCAGAAGAGGACGAAAUUGAUGUGGUGUCAUGUUCGGCGACCAAACUUGCUAUCAUCCCACAAGCCCCCAUCAAGCCCAAGGAGUCACCCAGCAUAGAAUUCCACAAACACGUAUCUCCCUUGAAGAAUAAGACCAGCAUUAAAACCAUAAUGCCAGUAAAGACUGAAGAAGUUCCAGUUGCCUUGCCAGGUCCCAGUGGUCUAAGUAGUGGUAGUAAGGGACCCGCCAAAAUCGCCACAAUCGCCAAAAUCGCCACAACCGCCACAACCGCCAAAACUGCCGGUAACACUAAAGCUACUCGUGGUAAAAAACGUAAGCGAAAGCAGGGCGGAAGCAAAACUCCUGUAGAUAAACGGGACCAGCACAAUGAUAUGGAGCGGCAAAGACGAGUGGGUAUCCGAGUUGCUUAUGAUCACCUUAAGGAUCAAUUGCCUUACGACGUUCGAUCGAAAAAAUUAUCUAAAGUGAAUAUUUUGACCGAAUCUACAAAAUAUGCAAACUACCUGACCGCUACCGAAGCCCAGCUACAGGAGCAGAUAAAAUUACUUGAGAACGCGCAGAAGAAAAUGACUCUCGAGAAGGAGGAGCUCGUUAAAUCUUUGAAUCCGAAAGGUAUCCCUUUGUAAGAAAAGUUCCUAAAA